AUGAGCAGUAGAAAUUCUCAACGUAAGCCAACAUUCAAUGUUGGAGAAAAUUAUGAAGUUUUAGACGUAGUUGGAGAGGGAGCAUACGGGAUUGUUUGUUCUGCCAUUCACAAACCAACUGGACAAAAAGUAGCAAUCAAAAAAAUAACGCCAUUUGACCAUUCCAUGUUUUGUCUACGUACACUUAGAGAAAUUAAGCUAUUACGUUAUUUUAACCACGAAAAUAUUAUCGCCAUUCUAGACAUUGUAAAACCAGAGAGUUUGGAAAAAUUUACCGAAGUUUAUCUCAUUCAAGAAUUAAUGGAAACCGAUAUGCAUCGUGUUAUUCGCACUCAAGAUUUGAGUGAUGAUCAUUGUCAAUAUUUUAUUUACCAAACUUUGCGUGCCUUGAAAGCAAUGCAUUCUGCAAACGUUUGCGAUUUUGGUCUUGCAAGAAAUGCCAACUCAAGUGAUGAACACAGUGGUUUUAUGACUGAAUACGUUGCAACCAGAUGGUAUCGAGCCCCUGAAAUUAUGCUUACAUUCAAAGAAUAUACAAAAGCCAUUGAUGUAUGGUCAGUUGGUUGUAUCUUGGCUGAAAUGUUGAAUGGAAAACCAUUAUUUCCGGGAAGAGAUUAUCAUCAUCAACUCACUCUAAUUCUUGAUGUUCUUGGUACACCAACAAUGGAAGACUUUUAUGGAAUUAAAAGUAGAAGGGCUCGUGAUUAUAUCCGAUCACUUCCCUUUAAGAAACGAAUUCCGAUUUCUCAUAUGUUUCCUAAUGCAAACCCAUUAGCACUUGAUAUGUUGGAAAAGUUGUUGGCUUUUAAUCCUUCAAAGAGAAUUACCGUUGAAGAAGCUUUAAAGCAUCCUUAUUUGGAACCUUACCAUGAUCCUGAUGAUGAGCCAGCUGCCAAUCCAAUCCCAGAAUCCUUCUUUGAUUUUGAUAAACACAAAGAGCAAUUGUCAAAGGAACAAUUAAAACAACAGUUCGGAAUAAUGGCUGACAGCAAAGUUGUCGUCAAGAAUGUUGACAUGAACGAUGAUAUGCAGCAAGAAGCUCUGCAAUGCGCCAACGUAGCCUUGGAGAAAUAUAAUCUUGAAAAGGAUAUUGCAGCUUAUAUUAAGCGUGAGUUCGACAAAAAGUAUGGCACAACCUGGCACUGUAUUGUCGGAAGGAAUUUUGGAAGCUAUGUGACUCAUG